GAUCCAGUAGAAAAUACAAAGCCGUCAAGUCCUGUCUUGUGUGUCUGAACUCUUACUGUCAGAAUCACCUCGAGCAACAUGAGAGUUUCUUUAAAGGAAAGGGACACAAUUUGACUGAUGCCACUGGACGACUGCAGGAGAUGAUCUGCCAGAAACAUGAGAAGCUUCUUGAGGUUUUCUGUCGCACUGAUCAGAAAUGUAUAUGUGUGCUGUGUACGAUGGAUGAACAUAAAAACCACAACACUGUAUCAGCUGCAGCACAGAGGACAGAGAAACAGAAGCAGCUGAAGGAGAUGCAGAAGCAGUUUCAGCAGAGAAUCCAGCAGAGAAAGAAAGAUCUUCGGCAGCUGAGAAAGGCUGUGCAGUCUCAUAAGCGCUCUGCACAGACAGCAGUGGAAGACAGUGAGAGGAUCUUCACUGAGAUCAUCUGCUCCACUGAAAGACGCCGCACUGAGGUCACACAGAUGAUCAGAGAUCAGGAAAAGACUGCAGUGAGUCGAGCUGAAGAACAACUGGAGCGACUGGAGCAGGAGAUCAAUGAUCUGAGGAGGAGAGACGCUGAGCUGGAGCAUCUUUCACACACACAGGAUCACAUCCUGUUCCUGCAGAGUUUCCAGUCUCUCUCAGCGCCUCCUGAAUCUACAGACGUAAUUGACAAUCCUUUCAAUUCUGUCUUCUCUUUUGAUGGCAUGAGAGAAUCUCUCUGUCAGCUGAAAGAAAAAAUGGAGGAUUUCUGCAAAGAGGAGUUUAAAAAGAUCUCUGACAAAGGUAAAGUCCUGAAGAUUCUCUGCUCUCAGAAACGUCUCGGUUACUUGU